AUGGCUCUGGCGGCGGCGGAUGCGGCAACUCCGAACUACGCAGCCAAUCAUGGCCGCGUUUCUGAUUUCGCGAGCCCUCGGCGUCCGUUGUUGAAUUUCAGGGUCCGAAGGCAGUUUCUGUAUCUUCCUCAGCGGGCAAUGGCGUCUGUGGAAGAUGGAAUUCACUCAUCUCAGAUUACCAUAGCCCCCAGAUUAAACCGGGAUUUAAGCUCUCUCCCAAAACCUUUGUCCGCAAUCGAUUUUUCCUCGUCUGCUAGCAAUGGCAAGAAAGUUCGUGUCGCAUACCAGAUUGAGAGUCGACCACAGAAAUUGCGGCCGUUGAGAGUUGUUGAUGACUCUAACAGGGCGAGUCCAACGUAUUUUGAUUACCUUUUUUACAUCGAUUUCGAAGCUUCUAUGGCCGAGCCUCGUGCCCAAUUCGCACUCGGACAUCUUCAGGAGUUUGCUCGGUUCCUUCGAGUCCUCGGAUGCUAUCCGAUUGAUACAGUCUCCUGAAUGAGUAAUCAAAAGGGUUUUGAAUAUGGAAAAAUAUGGAAACACAAGGAGCUGUACAAUGUGCCCAUACUCAUGUAGCAUAUUUCUUUUAAUUAUCAUUUAUUUUAUUUUUUUGUAUAAUAUUGCUGUAUCACUUA